AGCCAUGAGGAAGUACUCUGCCAUAACACACGUAAACAGAACUGAGUUGGGGUUUUUUGUCCGUCUGUCAUGUUGUGUUAACCCCCCAGACACAAGCUGCGUGUUAUUAUAGUGAAAUGGCAGGACAUGUCCCUCGUCUCAGUGAGUCUGUGGUGAUCCGCAGUCUCCGGCGGCUCCGAGACCGAUACUUCCCCGAGAGCAGGCCGGUGACAGCGGCUGUGGACACGGAGCAACAAGACUCUCAUCUGGGCUUUUUGGAAAGUUUACCGGUUGACUUACAGUUCCUGGUCAUGACCUUUCUCUCCCCGGCUGACCUCUGCCUCCUCGGAGCUACAUGUCACUACUGGAGAAGGAUGGUGAGAGACCCCCUGCUCUGGAGGUUUUUCUUACUCAGAGAUCUGCCUUUCUGGAACUCCAUCGAUCACUUAAGCAUGCCUCAACUGGAGCUACUGCAUGCUCCUCUGAUUGAUGAGAAGCAGAGCCUGGAUGAUCGAGAAGAAGGGGUCGACACUGAACCUAAAGUUGACUACAUGGCAGAGUACCUCAGAGGCUCCCCCUCCUGCAGGCAGCAAUGGCUUCCCUCUGUAGCGCCCUACAAAGUGGUCACUUCCUUCCUUCAGUCUCUGGUGGUGUCAGCUGAACCACGCUACGCCAUGUUUGGACCUGGUAUGGAGCAGCUGGACAUGUCCUUCGUCAUGCGGCUCAUGCAUUCUCCAGAUGUGCUUCCUGUGUCAGGCUCAGGCCCACCUCGCAGACAGAUCGAUGGUAUUGGUUCUGGUAUCAGUUACAUGUUCAACAACCAGCACAGUUUCAACAUUCUGACACUGUACUCAACAAAUAGGGCUGAAAGAGAAAGGGCCAGGACCCAGCAUCAGAACGUCGACAACAAGCUCUUCACAGUGGAAGUAGAUAACUCUGGAGUCACGACGUACAGUCCGACUCCACAUGUACAGCGGGUGUGUCAGGUGGUCGACGGCUUCAUCUACGUGGCCAAUGCUGAGAGAGCAGAUCAUGCUGAGAAUGAGCCGGCUCAGAUCCAGGCUUUAUUGAGCUCAUCAUGGGGCUCUACAUCCAGGCCGCUGUUGGUGCUGUCCUGUGUCUCCAGAGAGGACAGAGGACCAGAGGUACAGCCUGGUGUGAAUGCUACUACAAACAGAGUGCCCUGUGUUUACAUGGCAAAGAGACUGGAGCUGACCACAUUGGAUAACCCCUGGAUGGUCCAGGAUGUAGUGGUAGAAUCACUAUCAGGUCUUCUGGAUGGCAUUUCCUGGUUAUUGAGGUGCUCCGGUGUCAAACUACACAAUAGAUAGUUUUUACACAUAGACAUAUUUACUACUAAAGAUUCAAAAUAAAGUAGAUAAAACACAUCCAAACUGAAAGUAGGAUAUAAAGGGGGAGUGUAAACUAAAUAUUCAAUUGGACAACCUUGACUUAUCUGGAGAUAGCAUUGUCAUUUUUUUGUGAGUUUUUCAUCAUUACUGAACAAAUCCUGUGGACAUGUUUUUGCACUAUAUACUUUGUGCACUUUUUUGUCACUUUUUGUAAAAUUGUAUGAAGUAGAUUCUAUGUAAAAUUCUUUUUCUAUAAUUAUUGUGAUUGUUUUAUUUUUAGCAUUGAAAUCCAUAUAUUUAUUUACAUUCUAAUGCUGUUCGAAUAACAUGAUUUUGGCACACAGUCAGGAGGUAUGUACCGCAAAUGACACCUUAGAGAAACUGAAUUUGCUUUCAGCUCUGCAGGCUCAUGAGGCUUUCAGCUCUUCUCACAAUGGGAGACGCUUUCAGUUAAUGGCGCUCACCAAAUCCUAUCAGACUAAAAAAUCUCUCGUACAAUCAGAAUUUUAUUUCUGACUUCAGAUGACAAGUUAAUGCACUUUUGGGAACUGAGCAUUGUUCUAGUCCCUACAUAGCAAAAAAAAAGUCUGACCUUUACCUCCUCCACAGAAUCCCUCCUUUAAUCGUAAUAAUUACUUUCACAGAUGCCUUUUAGAAAUGAAAAGGACCAUGAUUGGUGCAAUUUAUAUGCAUUAAACUAGUUGGAGGCGGCUGAUAAUGCCACUAUGAAAUUACGUCUUGACAAAACGUGAAAGUGAGUUUAGCUUUCGUUUCCUAUGAACCAUGUUUAUUUAAACACAUUUUGUAAAUAAAUGGGUUUGUUACCUGGGAACUGGUUUUAAGGGCAGGUUCAGAUGCCAGAGAAAACAUUGACAAAGCCUCUGAUAUUGCACUCUGAUCCUGAGUUAGGAUGGACCCACCGGUGAGAUGAGCAGCUAGGAUCUGGAUGUUUUGUGCAGUUAUUUGGGUCACAAGCCCACUCCCGGUUUGUUUAUACACAAAGUAACAUUCAGUUUGUCUCUGACGCAGCAACGACAAGGGUGUGGGGUCGUGGGUUAUGUUUUGGAACGGACGCAAGUGCUAGACUCCCAGCUGCACAAUCACAAAGCGCCCCAUGGGGAUUACAAGUCACAAGAUCUUCAAAUGGACUGACCCGGGACAGUGCAUAUAAAUCUUGGGUGGGCCUUCAUGAAGUGAGUAAAAAUAGUUUGAUUAGUACAGUAAAUAUAAUUAGGGGUGGGUGAUAGAGCAAAAAAUAUAUCUUGUUCUUUUCAGAGCCAGAUCACUAUUUAAAUUUUUUAUCUCAAUUCAUGAACACUUCUUUUGCCUUUAUAUGGUAAAGCAGGGCUGUCCAAACUACAGCCCAGGGGCCAAACGCGGCCCUCAGAUCUAUUUUUGUUGGCCCUUAUGCCUCCUCCUAAAUAAGCCCAAUUGAUCAGGAAGUAUUUUUUACUACAAACUGAAGAGAUUCUACUUCUAUAACCCAAAUAACAUCAAAUUGCAUUGUGACACAGACCUAAAAAUAAUCUUCCAAGUCUUAUUAAAAGUACAACGUCUCUGUCAAACCUGUGUUUAAUGCAACAUUUGACUCUCUGUAUCAACACUGGUCUGUGGCCCUCCGCUCCAAAUGUGCUUCAGUAUACGGCCCUCAGUGAAAAAAGUUUGGAAAACCCUGUGGUAAAGUAACCCGCACCUUCUGAAACCUCAUACUUGACUAUGAUUGGUUAAAUCCAGCUGUCACUCACUCAGAGCUUUACAGAGGGUAACAAAUAGGAAAGGGUGUGGGAAGAGGUUUUGAGAGUGCACUAGCCUCCUCUAGAAUGGUCAAUGCACCCCCAUAGUUCCCCAAAAGAUUUUUGUCCACAUCCAGUCUUUACUAACAUGUUCAAAAUGAGACUCAAGUAAAAAAAAAAAAAUGCAUAAUAGCUUUUAUAAAUCACUAC